GCGUUGCCUGGGUUGAUUCCGGAGGCUAGCAACUGUUGCCUUGAGGACGAGCGCCAUAGCCACCGUAGUCCUGGCGACUGUUACCCCGUCAAACAACAACUUACGCCACAAAGUGGACAAGGUGGAGAGUUCCAUUUAACACUACCACCUGCAGAGGUUGGUAUGGCAACACAGGCCUACGUUACAGAACUCCCACCAGCUCAACAACAGCAGCAGCAACAGCCACAGCAGCAACAGCAACAACCAAACCAGCAACAGUAUGUUACAGACUUGCAGACUGGUGCACAACCAUCACAGCAGCAGCAACAACAACAGCAGCAGCAACCAACACCAUCCCAAAAACAGUAUGUCAAUGAGCUACAGGUAUCGCAACAACAGCAACAGCAGCCUUCUGCUCAGCUCUCACCAGUAACAGCACCACAGCAGUAUAUUGUGGUUACAGUAUCAGAAGCAAACAUGAGGCCAACUGAGACGGGCUCAGAUUCCAGCUCCUCUUCAGCUGGGGCGCAGUCUGGAGUGCCAACGCAGGUGGUACAGCAGGUUCAGGCAUCACAGCAGAGAUCAGUUGUACAAACAACACCGCAGGCUGCUAAAACCAGCCAAGUUCAACAGUUAUCAGUACAAGCCCUACAGCAAGUUCAUGUUUCUCAGGAGGUUCAGCAGUUACAGCAGGUGCCGGUGCAGCCUGUUCAACAUGUCUACUCGAACCAGGUGCAGUAUGUGGAAGGGGGUGAUGCCAGCUAUACAGGAAGCACAAUACGUUCAAACAACUACCCUUAUUCAGAAACUCAGCUGUACAGCCAGAACACAGGAGGGAGUUACUAUGAAUCUCAGGGGACGCCAAACCAGGUUGCCACGCCGGUGACUUCGCAGAACGUGGUCAGUAGUGGAACGGUGCCAAUGUAUGUCACGGGAGGGCAGAUUGUGGCCAACCCAGGAGGAGGGACCUAUGUCAUCCAGGGAGGUUACAUGCUGGGGAGCUCCAGUCAGUCUUACAGUCACACCAUGCGUGCCUCUCCAGCCACAGUUCAGUGGUUAUUGGAUAAUUAUGAAACAGCAGAAGGAGUGAGUUUGCCCCGAAGUACUUUGUACUGUCACUACCUACUACACUGUCAGGAGCAGAAACUAGAGCCAGUAAAUGCUGCCUCAUUUGGCAAACUGAUACGAUCAGUAUUCAUGGGACUCCGGACUCGGAGACUUGGCACAAGGGGAAACUCAAAGUAUCAUUACUAUGGGCUUCGCAUUAAAGCAAACUCACCAUUAAUUCGACUGAUAGAAGAUCAGCAGCACUUGGCCAUAAGGCAACAGCCAUUCACACAGAAGCAGAGUCCGUUUUCUCCUUGUUACAGACUCAAGCCAAUCCAGAAGGUGGAAGGGAUGACAAAUGGUAUGGGAGUUGGGCAGCAGCAGGCUGGUGGCCUGUCAGAUAUCAGUGCACAGGUCCAGCAGUAUCAGCAGUUCUUGGAUGCCUCUCGGGCUCUACCAGAAUUUGUUGAAAUUGACUUGCAGGGAAAGACGUUACCAGACGGUAUCACCAUUGAACACAUCAAGGCUUUCCAGCACCUUUAUCGGGAGCACUGUGAGGCAAUCUUGGAUGUGAUGGUAAACCUACAGUUUACAUUGGUUGAAACCUUGUGGAAGACAUUUUGGCGAUACAAUUCUUCCCAGUCCAGUGAUGGCUCAGGGCUAUCAGUUCACGAUGAAGCUGAGAAACGCCUGCCUAAGUCAUGCCUUGUUGUUCUCUGUAAGUAUGAGCCCUCCCUGAAGUGGACGAAAUACUGUGAUAACAUGCUUUACCAAGGUCUUGUGGAGAUCCUUAUCCCAGACGUCUUGCGGCCUAUCCCGAGUGCCUUGACUCAAGCAAUUCGGAAUUUUGCAAAAAGUUUGGAAAGCUGGUUAACCAAUGCUAUGAUGAAUGUGCCUGAAGAAAUGGUUCGUGUGAAGGUGGCAGCAGCAAGUGCCUUUGCACAGACUUUGAGGCGCUACACUUCAUUAAACCAUCUUGCUCAGGCAGCCCGUGCUGUACUGCAGAAUACUGCACAGAUUAACCAGAUGCUGAGUGAUCUAAACCGAGUAGAUUUUGCAAAUGUUCAGGAGCAAGCCUCAUGGGUGUGUCGCUGUGAGGACGGUGUAGUGCAAAGGCUGGAGCAGGACUUUAAGAUGACUUUGCAGCAACAGAACUCCCUGGAGCAAUGGGCAUCUUGGUUAGACAGUGUGGUGACCCAGGUCCUAAAACCAUAUCACGGUUGCCCCAGUUUUCCCAAAGCAGCCAAACAAUUCCUGCUCAAGUGGUCUUUCUACAGUUCAAUGGUGAUUCGGGAUUUGACUUUAAGGAGUGCAGCAAGUUUUGGGUCUUUUCAUCUCAUUCGCCUUCUAUAUGAUGAAUACAUGUACUAUUUGAUAGAACACAGAGUGGCUCAGGCAAAAGGAGAAACACCCAUUGCUGUCAUGGGUGAGUUUGCUGAUCUUGGACGUGCUUUAAACCCUCUAGAUCCUGACAAAGAUGAAGAAGAGGAGGAAGAAGAAAGUGAUGAGGACAGCCAACAAGAAAUUCCAAUGGACAAUGAACCCACAUUAGUGACAGACUCGAUGGAGCCACCAGCCAAACUGUCACGGACAGACUCAAGGGGAGUGUUUGUCCAAGCACCACCAACCAACUGAAUAUAAAAUGUAGGAUGAAAAAGAGGAAAGCUUUUGCUUGAAUUUAACAUCAUUAACUCUCCAUCCAUGGCAUCUGAUAGCCAUUGCAUAGAAAGACAUUGUCUAUAGUUAUCACGAAUCUCAAACUUCUACCAAAAUUAUUUUAGUUCAACAUUUAUUUAUGAGUUGUAUUUAAGAAAUAAAAAAAACUUUCCACUAGGAGUAGAGUACAUUAGUAAAUGACUGCUGUUACACAAUUACUAACUUUAAAAACACUCAGCUCACAGAUUAUACAAAAGCUCUAGCUUUACCAAGCUCAGUAUUGUGCUGCUUUUGAAUGUCACGGGAGCCAGAAAUUGCCUAAACACCACAAUUUCAUCUCAUUCAGCAGUAUUUGCAUGGUUUUUGUUUGGAAAAUAAGUAACACUGAAUAUGUUUUGGUGCUGCUGGAAUAAAACAAAGGGGAAAAUUCAAAUUUCCACUCAGAUUCCAAAAGCAAAUAUUGAGAUUCGCUCAAAACAAGUGAAGUGCACUUAAAAGUGCAUUACUAAAUACUGCUCAGUUAUAGGAACCAGUGUGUUUGGUGUUUGGCUUUCUAAUUCACCUUUGGUUAGAAUAAACUUUGAAAUUUACUGGAUUGUUGGGUCAGCUUACAUGGGUUGCUUCAAAUUUAAACAAAUUGCAAGUUGCUUGAUCGCAUAAGCAACUUAAUCCAACUAAAAUAAUCAAGUUAACUUGCUGCCAGGAAAAGAAGGUUGAACAAAGGACACGGGAAUGAAAUGACUAAGAAGCAACUCAUCCCUGAUUGACACACUUGCCAGUACUUUCACACUGCUGAACAGUCCUCUUGUAAGUCAAUCUUGGAAGGGGUCUUCUGCUUAUUAUUUGUCACUGGUUUUUAAACGCAUUUUGUUUAUUUUUAAAGUGCUGUGUAUUAGACUUGUUAAAUGAUUUACCUGUGCAGCUUUCCUACAGUAACCAGGUGGUUUGCAUAACAGAAAAACUGACUACAAGGUUGCUUUUAUUUGACUUUCAGACAGGUAAAUCAUUAAUCAUUUUUAUGACAUAUUUACCUCUACCAUUCAUAGAAUUAAUUUUAUGUCAAGUGAAAUUUUAAAAAAAAAAGAUGCAUUUUCCCAUGUUGCUGUUUUCUCCUUUGAAUUUGUGACUCUUCUAAUAUAGCCCUGUUUACUGGUGAUGAGCUUGAAGAAAUGACCACUUACUUGGAGCACAAUAAGGCAAUAUCUCAAAAUGAGAAAUAAUUGUUUAGAAUCAAUGCAUUUGCCUUCUGUUUUCUUAGCUUUUCAUGAGAAAAUGCUCAAGUUUUGUUUUUCCUAAUGUUACUCAGCUAGCCAGAAAUUGCUCCUUUAUUUAUCGUAUUUUUAAAAAAAGUAAAAGUGUUUUUAAAUUCAGUAAUAUCCCAUUAAAUGGGUUGGUUGCAAUAAUUACAAAUUAGGGAUAUGAGAGAACUAAAAGUUAAAAUAAUCUGAAAGCUUUCAUUUUAUGCAUGGAGUCUCCAUGAGGUAGAAACUAUGGAGCAAGCUUUUUGAUAAUGUUAGGCAGUUACAUAAUUUUAGAUUUCAAAUUAAAGCAUUUAUAGCAUAUUUUAUCCACUGUAAAGCCAGACAGUAAUGAAAACAAGACAACAGGAGAGAGGGAAAAUAUACAUUUUGUUGGGUUGUAACUUUGCCAAUGACGUAAUUUCGUUGGUGAAUAGCAAAAUUCACACCAGUACCACUUUACUGAUCUACUGACAUAUGAUCAGGAGCUGCUGCAUGUAAUGUUUUUAGAUAUUAUUUCAUUUCUUUUAAAUUUUAUUAUGUCAUUAAUGGAAUUUCCACAGUAGUAUUGAUUUGUUCUGUUCUGCGUGGCUAUCCCACUGAACAUUGCAGUAAAAAGGAAUAGAGCGUUAGGCCGUUAGCUUUGCAUUUCAUUGUCUUCUUUGUCAUGGUCCUGAUGAACUUCGCUCUGCUGGACUUGAGCCUGCCUUAUAUAUCAAUGAAUUGUGAGUUUGCAGGCAAUCAUUAUGACAGCCUUCAACUCUGUCAACUUUAAUGACAUGUAUUACAUUUAACUUGAUAAAGAUUAAUGGUUAAUACUGGCUGGAUUUAUAUCAAUGGAUAAUAAUAUUUUCAAUAUACCCACAAAAUAUAUUGAAGACCAUCAUAACCAAAGCACAAUUGUGUUAGGAGGUAUAAUUGGAAUUCAAGACUACAAAUCUGAGCUUGCAUUGAUCUUUUUUAAUGUUUGUUUGUAUCCAAAAUUUAGUUCAGGCUCGGCUUUCUUGGAAAAGCAUAGUGUGGUGAUUCAUCAAGCUGUCCUGUGACUUACCCACAGCCUAGUGACUUAGGAAGCAAACAAAAACAAAUUGUGGAGGGCUUUGAGCAUGUUGUUUGACCUAGAUUCUUGGUUCAUUUGAAUCAUUGCAUUUGAAUGAAAAAGAGUGGCUAAAACAGAUGCUGUGUGUUCCCUGAGCUUUAUUAAACUGUCCUUUUUAGAAGCUUAUAGUUAAAACUAUUUACUACUGUUUGGAAUUCCCACCUAUUUGGAGGAAAGCCAAAGUGCACCUUUCAAAGGAAACUACACUUUCGUCUUGGAAAUAAAACCAGAAAACGCUGUGGACACUCGGCAGAUCAGGCAGCACCUGUGAAGCAUUUUCUGGUUUUGUACACCUGUUUUGGCAGGAAUCAGCUAACCUUUUCACUUUGCAAGCUCUUUCAUAUCCUUCAUUUUUAUCUCGCCCUGCACUAUCAUGUCUCAUUAAUAGUUGACCUUAUUUUUAAGUUUUUGUUUUUUGGUCAACUUUCUUUUCCCUUCAUUAAAUCUUAUCCUGACCUGGUUCUUAUUGCUUAGAGAAACCAGAGUAUGAAUUCUCACAAGGCUCUGAGUUAGCAUCCCCCAAUAUAGUUUGUAAGGAUAACAAAAGCUGAAUAGUAUGAUCUGAAUAAACACUUUUUAUUUGGAUGCAAAAAUCAGUCAACAGUUUUAAAGGGUUAACUAAGAGUUAAUAUCAUUUCUAAGAUUUACAUUUCAUCAGUCGCUUUAGUAUCAUUUAAAUUAACUUAACAACUUUACAUACCAAGACUGUUAAAAGUAAUUCUGGAAAAACAAAAUAUUUUAAAUUGGUUACGGUCAAAAACGAAAAUAAAGUAUCAAGAUAUUUUAAAGGAGAGGAUAAGCAAUUGGCCACAGAGAAGGGAAAGACAAAGCUGAGGAAGAAAUGCACCAAAACCAUGUAAAUUAAACCAUCAAAAAUGGUAAGGAAAUGAUUCCAGUCCCGGAUAUUGUAGUCACAUAGAAUUAUCCACUACGCCUGGAUCAGUGCUUUAAGGACUACAUUAUAAUCAAAUUAAUAUAAUCAUACUUAAAGGAAGGAAAAAUUUCAGGAGCAGCAAGGGAACGGUGACAUGUACUUGAGGCUAGAUUAGCUUCUAAAGAGAAAUUUUAUUACAGUUUCUUUUUAAAACCCACACAAAAUGCCAUUUUUUCUAUUUAUAGGGUGGUAUCAGAAUCAAGAUGUAAAACUUGGUUUUAGUUGCACUGGGCUAAGUUAGUUCCUGCAUUAUGAUGAACUAAAAGAGGUGCACAUUAUUUUAAUACUUGUUGAAACUUUGUUUUAUGUCCCUGUGGAUAUUAUCCUUGCCAAUAGUUGGGGAGGAUGAGCAUUGAGGAGUUGGAACAUCUUACAUUUCCUUACCUUCAUAACGAAUAUUAAAUGAUCUUUUUAAUCAGCAUUUUAGUGGUCACAGAAACAUUGCCUUUUAUUUAAAAUAUUUCUGCUUUCAACAGGAAACAACCUUACCUGAACUUUUUUUUGUAGAAAGUAUCCUCUCCCAUGGUCUCCCUCCUUCUCUGCCAAGUUACUGCCUGGUGAUGACAUUUGACAGGAUCCAUCCAGGAGUCCUAGAGCAAUUCCAUGAAAAGCUGCAAGGACACCAUUUUAAACCCACUUGAGAGCUUUUCACUAACCAUGCACGUUUCCCACACAGUAGAAUAGCUUAGUGGGAGUGAACAACUCUUGCAAUGCUUAGAAGUUCUAAUGGAAACACUCCUGUUUGGAGUUGAAAACUCCAUGCAAGAAAAGGAAAAGAAUAACAGGUUCCGCAAAGUAGAAAUGUAUGGCGCUUUUGCCAUUUUCUGUUUUAAAAUACGUCCACCCACUAAAGACUUUAAGCUAUUUUACCAAUUGAACAGGAGUAGAACUAUGAUGUUCCAAACUGGGAACCCUACCACUUGUGCCAUAAGAUCCAUUUCCUUAGGACCUGCUUUCCUUGACUGCAGAAUUAGGUGAUACUACAUUUGGACAUGCUAAUACUCUAUACUCUUCCAUAAUUAUCUGAGCUCAGUACUAAAAAUGCUAAUACUUUAUAUUGCAGAGUAGUAGUUCUCUGUAGCAAAAUAAACUAAAAGUUGAUUUUAUUUUGGCUAGUCAUAACUGGUAGUUUUUCUGUUAACAUCAUUAUAUCACCAACAAAUAAUGAGUUUACAUAUAAAUAUUAUUUAACUGUGCAAUCACCUCAUUCCUGGACAACCUUGUUUUUGGUCUGAGGAAAAUGACAGCUUGUUGUUAAUAUGGGCUCUCAUUAAAAAGACUUGUUCAAACUGCAGAUGUAAUGAAGAGAUUUAAAUCUGUUUAAUUUCAAUAUUUUUCUGAUUUUUUUUUUACUAUUAGAACCCAGAGGUUUCCAUUCUGCAAUGCUCUUUUUUUUUCCCUCUGCUAAAAACAUAAAUAUAUGGAUUUGAUAAUGAAAGGCAGUAAAGUCGGUAAGUGUUAGAGUAGCAGCUGUGUUGUGAUGUGACUGGAAUUACCGUUUAAACUAAUGAAACAGGAUUGCAAACAGAUAGAAGUACCAAGUAAUUUUCUGGUAAAAUCCAACAUUGGUUAAUAUUUAUACUAAAAAAAAAUUGCCAAAGAUUGCUCACAUAUUUAAUAAAUUGCACAUUCACGCAGAGGACUCCCUGGUAAGUUCAUGAUAUUCUUUAACAAGAAAACCAUUGCACAGUGCAGAUAAAUGUUAAGCCAGGCAAUAGAAUUUCUAGGCCAUUGUCCUUUUUCAUUUUAGGAAAACUCCUUCUGAUGGCUUUAACCUCCUCAAUGUAGAAAAAUUCAUGCCUUGUCAUGACACUCUGCUGGACAUGUUAAACCUUCCCAGAUUUCCAGAAAAAUGAAGUGGAAAAGCCUGAGUAAGUUUCCCUUGGCAGGUCAAGAGAGCAGAACUGGUUAAGGCUGUAUAGUUCAUAUGUUUAUGCAAGUCUUUAUUUAUAUAAUUUUUCAAAUGUUAGCAUCAUAUAACAAGAACACCUAUUCAAGACGAGGUUUCUGUGACAUGGUAGGGGUAGUGGGGAGAGUGGAGUUAGUCAUCUGCCUUGUUUGGGACAACCAACAUGACAUCUAACAUGACCAACAGCUAACAUGACAUCACCUUCCAAAUGAUUGGAGUAACAUGUUGAUGGUCCAGAUAAGUUUGUGUAGUAUGCAACAAUACCCAAGAAAAGGCAGAAGAUGAAAUAGCCUUCAAAGAAGCUAGGGUUGAAGCUGGAUUCAAGAGGUCUAGGAAAUGGCAGCCCUCUUCCACUGCUGUUGCCCAGAGGUGAAUUGGGGUUAGUCUUCCACAGAGCCUCUUAAGGUAACUUCAUCUGCUAUAUGAUCUUUCUUUAAAGUUGUCAGUGAGCACUUUUCAGCUAGUACACUGUCUGUAAUCAGUUAUCAGUAAAACUGUCUUUAACUCUGGAGUAUUUUUCUGUUACGCUCACUGCAAACCAGCCAUCAAUGUUACAGUUUCUGUGCACUCUCUUAACAGCUUAACCUGGCCGUAGACAAGUGUCUCAUUAUCAAAUUGAAUAGUUCAGUGUGACCACCCAAAACUGAAAUCCCUCAUUGUGCUUUAAGAGAAAACUACCCUAAAUUGGAAUAUUAAUAGUUGUCCAGUUUGAUUAACUUAAGGAUACCAAUUAAGUUACUUUUAAUGUUAGGAACAGCUAACAAGUAUGAAUCAAAAUAAUAGAUUGCCAUUGUUAUCAUUCAGUCCAGUGGUGACCACUAACUAGCAUACCCAAGUACAGGACAAUGAAUUCACGCACUGUCGCUCUCUAGCCAAUUUGGGCUUGUUUUCCUGGAUAACGGAGUGUGUUGCUUUUACCCAGUAUUAAGAUGUCUCCUUGUCAACAAGAACUAACAUUGAUAGUGGAUGAAGUUUUGCCAGGUGGUAGGAGAGGAGGCCUAAAUGUUUUGAUGGUUCCAUAUUGUUGAGUGAAAGAUGGAGGUUAUUUUCUGCUUUCUAAAUUGCAAUUCGACAGCCCAAACAAAAUGAGUUGGACCAGGUGAUCUCUGGUUAUUCUGGGAUUGCAUACCUACAGUGGGUGUAUGCGUACUGUUGGCCAUAUCAAUUAAGACCUUCCGAGCCAGUGGAGGCCUUGUGUUCAAGACUUUUGUAAACUGGAGUUUGCAUCAGCAACAUUUUAGAAGCCAGCAAAUAGCAUUUUUUUUCUAGAAGUUAAUGAAACUCUUCAUAUCUCAGAAUCCACAAUUGAAUGUGACAUUCGUCAAAGUGGAAUUGCACGAAUACCAAUAGUCCAGCUUGCAUAUUGUUAAGCGAAGUGGUUUUGCACAUCACUCACUUUGGUUGGUUCAGCUGGUAAAUAGGAAGUUCCAUUUGUGAGUUGACUGUGAACAGUGGCUGAAAUGUCCUUCUCUUCAGAAUGUCUAAAAACAACUCGAUAAUAAACAAAAUUGUGAAUACUAUUUCAUCACUUUGAUCAAAUUAUCAGAAAAUUCAAUUUCUUUAACCUGAAAAACAAUAAUGAAUGAUAGGAAUAUACAGCUAUUUGUCCUGUACAGAAUUAUUAUCUGGUUAACAAUCCAUUGAUUUAUUGAAAUCUAAUGCCAGAUUAUUUUGAUAUUCCACAUUCAUAAUUAUGCAAAUAGUAACACCUUUCCAAAUCCUUUUUCAGCCAAGCAGAUGCGAUAGGACCAUAAUUACAAUUCGUACACUUCAUAUUCACUGUCCUUUUACAUGUUGUAUUGAACCAACAGCUGGUGUUUCCUUCCCCUCCCCGACGGAACUGGCAGAAGAUUGAAAUCUGUCAGCGCAAGGUUCAUAAACGACGAGAGUGUAGGAUUUAUGUGGAACUGCUUCCACUUGGGUGGAUGCAGAAUGGAAUUAUAUAUACAAGCAGGAUUUCUGAUUUACUUCCAACAAAGUUCUAGGCAGUAGAACGAAGUAAACUUGUUGAGGGGGUAGAAAAAAGUCCAAGCCCAAGUGUUAAUCCAUAAAAGACGUCUCCUAUAUAUUUGACUCCAAUUAUAAAGCAUAAAAUUCAAGCAUCCUCUAUUUUGAAACAAAUUUUAGUAUCUUGCAGUAACAUAUUUGUAUUUAGGGGAUUAUUACUCUGCAUCAUAUAAAUCUAAAUUAUGAAUAAAUAUUUGAGAAAUGGGCAUUGCUGCAUUUGUCUGUUUUUGCUAUUAUUUACUGAUUUUUUUUUACGACGCUAUAUUUUGUUUGUGAGAGGAGCCUUACCUCUGUUGCGAGGGUGUAUUCUCUCAACUUCUUUCGCACUGCAGAACUUAGCUGAUGCCUCAUAGUUCUAGCACAUUGGAGAAUGUCUAAGAAUACAGCCUCAAACUAAGAUAAGUGCCUCUGUUAAACCAUCCGGAGAAUACGUUUGUAGAAAGGUGAUGCGCAAGACUUGUUCCCAUUCUCUUUUCACCCAU